UACAUGGGCUACGGUUGUAACUUGACAGCUGAACAAUUGCUCCUAAGAUGAACACAUUAGCAACAAAACUAGCGUGUAAACCUUUUCACGUCUGAUUGUGUUUUUAUAUCAGCAUGAAGUGAAACUGUCGUCGACCUGGCUUCAGCUGUACAGUGAGUUUUAGAAGGAUUGAAGGCUGUUUUUUUUUUUUACAAACAUUAUGUCGUUCCUAGUGGACUCAGUCAUCAUGUUCACCUCACAGGUGCUGUUCUUUGGAUUUGGCUGGUUAUUUUUUAUGCGGCAGCUGUUCAAAGACUAUGAGGUGCGACAGUAUGUCGUCCAGGUGGUUUUCUCUGUCACCUUUGCUUUUUCAUGCACCAUGUUUGAGCUCAUCAUCUUUGAGAUUCUGGGUGCCUUAAGUAGCAGUUCUCGGUAUUUCCACUGGAAACUGAAUCUGUAUGUGAUACUGCUGGUUCUAAUCUUUGUGGUGCCUUUCUACAUUGGUUACUUUGUUGUCAGCAACAUACGCCUAUUGCAGAGACAGAGGCUUCUUUUUGCCUGUAUGGUGUGGUUCACCUUCAUGUAUUUCUUCUGGAAGUUAGGAGACCCAUUUCCCAUCCUCAGUCCAAAACACGGCAUCCUGUCCAUUGAGCAGCUCAUCAGUCGUGUUGGUGUGAUUGGAGUCACUCUUAUGGCUCUGCUGUCUGGGUUUGGUGCUGUUAACUGUCCCUACACGUACAUGUCCUAUUUCCUCAGAAAUGUAACAGACAGUGACAUCCUUGCUCUGGAGAGACGGCUGCUCCAAACUAUGGACAUGAUUGUCAGCAAGAAGAAACGAAUUGCCAUGACACGGAGGCAGAUGUACCAACGUGGAGAAGACCAGAACAAACAGACAGGAUUCUGGGGCAUGAUCAAGAGUGUUACCUCCACCCAAACAGGCAGUGAAAACCUCUCUCUGAUCCAGCAGGAAGUCGAUGCUCUGGAGGAGCUGAGUCGACAACUCUUUCUGGAAACUGUGGACCUGCAAGCUACUAAGGAGCGAAUUGAGUACUCAAAGACAUUCCAGGGGAAAUACUUCAACUUCCUCGGCUACUUCUUUUCCAUCUAUUGUGUUUGGAAAAUCUUCAUGGCCACUAUAAACAUUGUGUUUGACCGAGUCGGGAAGACGGAUCCAGUGACGAGGGGUAUUGAAAUUACAGUGAACUACUUGGGUAUUCAGUUUGACGUGAAGUUUUGGUCUCAACACAUCUCUUUCAUCUUGGUGGGAAUAAUAAUUGUUACAUCCAUACGUGGCUUACUCAUCACACUCACUAAGUUCUUUUAUGCAAUUUCAAGCAGCAAGUCCUCGAAUGUCAUCGUGCUUGUCCUCGCCCAGAUCAUGGGGAUGUAUUUUGUAUCAUCGGUGCUGCUGAUGCGCAUGAGCAUGCCGCUGGAGUAUCGCUCCAUUGUGUCCGAGGUUCUGGGAGAGCUGCAGUUCAACUUCUACCACCGGUGGUUCGAUGUCAUCUUCCUGGUCAGCGCCCUAUCCAGCAUCCUCUUUCUUUAUCUGGCCCAUAAGCAGGCACCAGAGAAGCACAUGGCCCUCUGAUCCCACACGGUGGUUUUCCUUUCUCUUUAAGGUGACUUCUGGCCCACGGGGUGACUUUUGAUAUGGAAUUUAGGGAGUUUUUUUUUUUUUUUAUAGCACAUAAUUAUCUGAACUGCCUGUUCCUGAAUCAGGACUGGCUGCUUGUUGGAUGCAAGUGAUGGGGAGCUACUGGAGCACAUCAGGGAACAGAUUUCAAAGUGUGCUCUCUUGAAUUGAAAAGUAUCGUCAGAGCAACAAUUCCACUAGGAACCUAAUUUCACCUGCAAAUGUAAACACUUCUUUGUUCUUUGCGCUCUUAAAUUCAUAUUUUUGGCCUUUUUCUUUUAAUCUGUCUGAACCCACUGGAGCUGUAGUGUUCACAGCACAUCACCUGUAAAUGGAUUAUAUGAAGAAAAGAUCAAGAUGUCAUUUAUGAUUUCAAUCCUGAGACAGCUGUUAUUUUCAAUAAAAUAAGUAAUUGAAUUGGGAACAAAAACAGAUACCCAAAAAUUGAGCUUAA